AUGAUUGUGACGGCAUCGGAGGAGCGAUGGAGAUCGCACGUGCACCCGGUUUAGGUGGUAUCCCAAGGAUGGUUUCCAUGCCCAGAGAGCUAUGGCUAUAAAUCUCCUCCUCCCUCUCUGCCUCUCCCUCCAUCGUCAGAGCACCCUCUCUCUCUCUCUCUCUCUCUCUCUCUCUCUCUCUCUCUAUCUCCUUCCCUGUGUCCUCUUUACCCGCGGCGUGAGAUCAUCUUGCCUCCAUGCCUUCAGUGGAAGUUAUCCACGAGGACGCGCAUCCGGCGAUGCAGGUGGUGGGUCGAGAGAACGGCGGCCCCUCGAACAGAAGGUGAGGCGCCUUCGUUUCUCUCUCCUCUGGCACGUUAUCCCCAGCUCAACUGGAAGAAGAACAACCCCCGGGGGAUCUUAGAACCUGGACGAAACGGGAGAGGCUUUCAUGGAUGAGCUGACAUCCGUAAAGCUCGCAAGAACAACGGCGAGGAGCAUCGAAUGAUCUAGCUCUCUCAAUUAUAUUUCCUUCAUUUUUUUUCUUGGACGUCUAAAGAUCGAAUCUCGGUUUCCGUGGGGCGUAAAAUAUUGGGUUUGCAGAUGAAUGGGUUAUUUUUUAAUCUGGUUCUUGCCCUACGAGAAUUGAAGGAGAUGGUCUCCAUGUGGGCAUCCUCUGUAACUCAGUUGUACUGGCUGGCACAGGCUGGAGGGCAAAGUUGCGGUGGUCACAGGUGGAUCCAGAGGCAUCGGUGAGGCCACGGCGAGGCUGUUCGUCUGGCACGGCGCGAGAGUGGUUGUGGCGGAUGUGGAGGACAUCGCCGGCGAGCACUUAGCGGCGUCCCUCUCCCCGUCGGUGACCUUCGUGCACUGCGACGUCAGCCAGGAGACCGACGUUGAGCGCCUGGUCAACUUCACCAUAGCAAAGCACGGCCGCCUGGACAUCUUCAUGAACAACGCCGGCGUGCUCGGGAGCCAAACCCGGCGGCGAAAGAGCAUCACGGAGCUUGAUGCCGACGAGCUCGACUCGGUUAUGCGGGUGAACGUUCGCGGCGUCGCCCUGGGCAUGAAGCACGCAGCGCGCGCAAUGGUGCCGAGGGGCGCCGGCAGCAUCAUCUCGACCGCCAGCGUCGCCGGCGUAAUGGGCGGCAUGGGGCCGCAUGCCUACACCGCCUCCAAGCACGCCAUCGUCGGCCUCACCAAGAACGCCGCCUGCGAGCUCGGCGCACACGGGAUCCGCGUCAACUGCAUCUCCCCCUUCGGGGUGGCCACCUCCAUGCUGGUUAACGCCUGGAGGCAGGCCGACGAGGACGACGAGGAGGCGGCGGCGGGGAUCUCUACCGAGGAGGAGGUCAAGAAGAUGGAGACGCUGGUGAGCACUAUGGCUAACCUCAAAGGCCCAACCUUGCAAACCCGGGACGUUGCGGAGGCGGCGCUCUACCUAGCCAGCGAUGAUUCCAAGUACGUCAGCGGCCAUAACCUCGUCGUUGAUGGCGGCGUCACCUCCUCUAGGAACUGCAUAGGAUUAUAGGUCCCUCUCUCCGCCAUAGCUGUUCCAGCUGCUGCCAGCAUCUCUCUCUCUCUCUCUCUAUCAAUCUCUCUCUUCCCCAAUCUAUUCUUUUUCCUUAGUACAAGAUGAUCCAUGGUAGAUGGUUCAAGCUUCGACUAUUCGACGAGAAACCUACCAGCGGUGAUCCUUCCUCUCCCCAGAGAUCUCAUACCGUCGGCAUCCCCUGUUGACUUUUAUUGCGUACAGCAUUUUAAACCGGCUCCGAGUCGACCGUUUUCUAGCGACUAAGUCAGCAUCUACCUGCCCACUGCCAUGAAGAAACCCAGAUCGGGGAAUCAGAGUUGACUUUGGAGCUUUUUUGGAGUGGUUGUUCUACGUGA